AUGCCUCCAUCUCCGACAGCUUAUCGUUUCCAGCUCCGACAGCUUAUCGUUUCUAACUCCGAACUCGACAUCAACAACAAAUUCGACAUCAACUUAUCGUUUCCAACUUCCAAAUAUAGUUUAAUCCCACCUCAUGUUCCGAUUUCCGGUUUAAUCUCUUUACAGGCAGUGCUGAACACAAAUAGAGAACUUCAUGAUGCAAUAACAGAAGAAGAAGUUGAAGGGUUGAAAGGGAAAUUGUCAAGCAAACUUGCUGCUAAUUCGCCUAAUAUUCAGCCUAAUUGGCAGUAUUGGUUUGAUGUGACACUUGCGGGAGUUUGGUUUGUUCGAAUCCAGCAGAAUUGGAAUUCAACUUCAUUCCAUAGUUGUUCGGAUGAAAACUUUUGCUGGAAUGGUAUCAUUUAG